GCCGGCCCCGCCCGGGCAACCGCCGGCCGGCCGCGAGGGUGAGAAGGCGGCGGCGGGGCCGUGCGGGUCGGCGCCCCGCCGGGAGAUGCGGCUGCGGCACGGCCCUCUCCUGACGGCGCUGUGCUUCGGCGCCGCCUUCCCCCUGCUGUGGUACGCGGUGUGGCAGAGGAGACAAGGAAAUGACUUGGACAGGUACCGAAGCGAGUUGCUGGAACUUCGGCAAAGACUAUUGUAUGCUGAAAAGGAAAGUAAAAAAAGAUCACACGAACUGAGCAGUGCCCUAGAUGAAAUUAAACGUGUAGUUGCAAGAAGAAUGAACUUGACAACAAAUCAUACAGAUGAUGUGAAUUGGAAAGUGUUAAACCUCACCAGAAAACUGCCCGUGCAUCUUACAAACAUGUACUACUAUCUACCUCACCUUCGAGAAUAUGAAGAUGCCAUUUUCCCAAAUGUUAUUUUUGGACAACAGAGAACUGGAGUCUCACUGGUGAUGGGUGUUCCUACUGUGAAAAGGGAAAAACAACAUUAUCUGAUUAAUACACUGCAUUCCCUACUGUAUGAACUUUCUGAAGAGGAGAAGAAUGACUGCGUCAUAAUCGUCUUUAUAGCAGAGGUGAAUGCAGAAUACGUUAACAGUGUUGCAGAAAGUGUUAAAACCAGCUUCCCCAGAGAAAUCCAGUCUGGAGUCCUAGAGGUUAUUUCUCCUCCUGAUUCUUAUUAUCCAGAUCUUUCCAACCUGAAGAAAACAUUUGGGGAUUCAGAGGACAGGGUAAGGUGGAGAACUAAACAGAAUUUGGAUUAUAGCUUUUUAAUGCUAUAUGCCCAACCUAAGGGAACAUUUUAUUUACAGCUGGAAGAUGAUAUUAUAGCCAAAACUGAUUAUAUUCAAAGAAUAAAAAAUUUUGCUGCUGAACAGUCCCAAGAGUGGAUGAUGCUUGAGUUCUCCCAGCUUGGAUUUAUUGGAAAAUUGUUUAAAUCAGAAGACCUGCCACUCAUAGUGGAUUUUUUUCUCAUGUUCUAUAAAGAUAAGCCCAUAGACUGGCUUAUAGACCACCUGCUCUGGGUUAAAGUGUGCAAUCCAGAAAAGGAUGCAAAACACUGUGAAAAUGAAAAGGCAAAGUUACGUAUCCGUGCUAAACCAUCUCUCUUUCAGCAUGUGGGAAUUUAUUCAUCAUUGGCUGGGAAGAUACAGAAUUUGAAAGAUAAAGAUUUUGGCAGAAAUGUGCUACAUAAAGCACAUAAUAAUCCACCUGCAAAAGUGGAUACAAGCCUGAGAAUAUACCAGCAAUAUACCUUGGAAAAAGUUUACGAAGGAAAAGACUGUUUUUGGGCUUCAGCUCCGAUGGCAGGUGACUACAUCAGGUUCACCUUUUUAAAUCCACUAAAAGUUGAAAAGUACUUCUUUAGAAGUGGAAACAUGGAGCACCCUGGUGAUAAACUGUUUAACACUACCGUGGAAGUGUUGCCAGCUGAUGAAAUGCUCAGAAAAGAACUGGUUGACAAUGGAAGUAAAUUUAACUACCCAGCAACCAAAAAUGGAUAUUUAAAAAUAGGGGCUUUUGAAAAUGGAAUUGCAGAAGGCAGUAUCAAUCAGUCAAUUGGAAAAAUACAGGCUAUUCGUUUAUCAGUCAAUUCUGAUUCUCCUGUAUGGGCAAUACUGAGUGAGGUACUUAUCAAGACAUCUGAAAACUGAAAACAAAAUGCAUUUUUGACAUGUCGCUGGUUGCAGAUUGUUUGAAAACUAGGCUAACAGCAAUGAAAAACUGGCUGGGUAAAAAGAGCAAAUCCAAAUCCAUUUAAUUCUUAAUACUGUGUAUUAGGAAAGAGUUGAGAUAACUAGUAAAUCUUUAUAUAAAGGAUAUUAAAAGCUAUAAAGAACCCAAUUAUGUUAUUAAUUUCUAUAAAAUGUUAUUGAGUAAGGUGUCAUAUAUAAAAAUCUCACCUUAGCUUGGCAACAUUCAAUAUAUAUUAUUAUAAACAAUUGAUAAGGCAUUACAGGCUAUCUCAGGGAAUAAAGCAUAGAAGUAUGAUAAGUUUCACCAGAACUAAAAAUAGACACGACUGAAAAAUAUUAAGGUCACAGUUUUCAACAGGUCCAUUUUGGAGGGAAAGCAGAACUGAAGGAAGAGUUGUCAUUAUUCAUUGCAAGUAUUUAGAGCAGUCCACAGAGAUAGGAACAACUUAACAAUAUGAAAAUGGAUCUCGAACUUAACAGAAGUGUGUUUCAGCCUUAAUGUAGCAUAAGUUAUGUUUAAUUUUUUUUUAAUGUAUGUGCCUGCAAGUUACCAUUUGAAUAACUUGAAACUUAAACAGGUAUUGUUCAGAGGAUUGUAAAACACUUCAAUGAAUUGUGCAUUGAAUUAACUUCAGGAAAUAAUAAGGGUAUUAUGUCUAACUAUAUUUUUGUAGAAAGAAAAUAUAUUUAAAUCAAAUUUUGGAUCCUGUAAUUUCAUAAUCGGUAUGUACUGAUAGUUAAAUCCUGGUCAAAAGGCAAAACUCAAUAUAAAUUUGAAAAUAAAAGGUAAACCACAGUAGUCUCAUUUGAAAUGUUUUUGGGAAAUGGCAAUCCACUAAGUACAUCUGCCUGCUAAUCUGCAGAAUUCCUGCUUCGCUUCCUUAGCACCUGAAGCACAACUGCGCCCUCAUUCUCCUGCACUUGCCUUGCAGCCUAACAGCAGACAGCGAGAAAUAAGCUGCACUGUACACUUUUGCAUGGAUUUGUAUUAAAUGGGUUAAUUUAACAUAGAAUUGUAUUCUUAAUGUAAGGGCGUUUUUAUUUAAAAUAAGAUGAUAUUUUCUUCCAUUAAAACACUUCAGAAGGGUGUUUUUUUAGACCACCUCUAAUAAUAUUUUGAUUAUUUACAGUAUUGUUUAUAUACUGUGGUGCUACGCAUAUGUGCAUGUAGAUAUAUAUACGUACGUAUGUAUGCAUGGAUUUCUUGGACCAAAUAUUGCAGCCUUCAUUAGGUUAAGAGUUUAAUGCUUGUUAAGAAUUAAUGCAGUAAUCCACAGUGCUUAGAGAUACACAGAGGGAUACAUUUAUCCAUCAGUGCUUACAAUAAAAAGAAGGGUUGAGUGAAACUGAGACCAGUGAAUCGUUAAAAAGCAGUGGCUAGAACUGCAGCUAGGGAGAGAAGAGAAGAAACUUCUUUCCUGCGAGGGUGCCAGAGCACUGGAACAGGAAGGUUGUAGAGUCUCCUUCCCUGGAGACACUCAAAACCCGCACGCGUUCCUGUGCCCCCUGCUCUGGGUGUGCCUGCUCAAGCAGGGGGCUGGACAAGAUGAUCUGCAGAGGCCCCUUCCAAGCCCCACCGUUCUGUGAUUCUGUGAAGGGAAAUAAAGUGGCUCUGCAUCGAACUAGUGAGCCGCCUCCCUCUGACCCUGCUCAGAAUCACCUUUCAGACCAUCUUUUUCUCUGCUGAUAUAGGAGUCUGAGACAUUUAGUCAUGAAAACUUGUACAAGGGAAUAAAACACAACUUAGAUUGCAUUAAGGGAAGACAAAAUUGAGUUCUCUGAAGUCAUUGUCUCUCUUAACCUAAAGUGCCUUAGCAUCUCUGGGCUAGAACUAAUCGAAGUGAAUAGAGCCCUCCACCCAAAAAGACAAAGCGAGAGAUAACCUCAGAACAUUCGGGUUUUUUUUCCUGCAGAGCUUUAGAAACUUGUGCGAGUAUGAAAAUGAUUGAAGUGUAGAUAUUCUCCUGAUGCCUUAGUUUGGUUCUUAGCAUCUCAUAGCUUUUAGUAGUCUUACUGAAAUCGCAUCGUGUCAUGGGGAUUACCUUCAUCUUCAGGAUCUUGUCGCAACGCUUCAGAAUGGCAAGUUCUUGUAAUUGUACUGUCACUCUGUAGUCUGAAUUGCCUCUUAUAAUGCCUGUUUCACCUGCCAUCAAAGAUGAAAGAAUUAGAAUUCAAAGCAGAAAGGGCAUUUCUUGUAGAACAUUUUACUAAUU